AGUGUGGUUGUGCCCCCUCUCGGCCGCCGCCGCCGCCGCUGCUGUUGUUGUGGAGGAAAAAAAACCUCAACUCCCGUUAAUUUCUAUUAAGAAAAUAAUCAAAUAGAAUUAUCGUCGAUAUGGCCGCAGCAACUGCCAGCACAGCGGGUGUAAGCGAGUCGACACCCAGCGCCGUGAAUAACGGCGGCAGCGACUGCGGGGCCCGGGCCCUCCUCGCCUUCAAGUCGGCGCCGUGCAGCCCGUCACGGGUUCAGGUUCACUGGGACCCCCAGGCCGAGCUGAACGGUGGGGCCCCGGGAUUCGGGCAGCUGUCGGGGCCCGAGGCGUUGGCUCGGCUGGAGGGCCGCGACCUGGAGUUCCUGAUGAAGAAGAGGAGCGUGACCAUCGGCCGCAACUCCAGCCAGGGCCAGGUGGAUGUCAACAUGGGCCACUCCAGCUUCAUCUCCCGCAAACACCUGGAGAUCUUCCGCGGCGGGGAGGCAGCGGCCGCCGGCUUCUACCUGAAGUGUCUGGGCAAGAACGGGGUGUUCGUGGACGGUGUCUUCCAGCGGAGAGGGGCGCCGCCUCUACAGCUGCCCAGGCUAUGUACCUUCAGGUUUCCCAGCACAAAUAUCAAGAUCUCAUUUACCGCACUGUGCAGUGAAAGAAAAGAAAAACAGGAGGCCCCAGAAUCCCCAGUGAGGCCAGUGCAACCACAAAUCUCCCCCUUGAAGAUAAACAUUCCAGACAACAUAGCUCAUCUGAUCAGUCCCAUGCCUUCUCCCACUGGAACAAUCAGCGCUGCAAACUCCUGUCCUUCCAGCCCAAGAGGUGCAGGUUCCUCAGGCUAUCGAAUAAGUCGUGGACUUCAUUCUGACCUGCAGCUAAUGUCUGACCACGUACAAAAUAAUUCGGAGAAUGACAAGGAAACAUCAGAUGGAGAUAGUCCAAAGGAUGAUGCAAAACCACCUUACUCCUAUGCACAAUUAAUAGUUCAAGCCAUCACAACAGCACCAGAUAAGCAGCUUACAUUAAGUGGAAUCUACACACACAUCACAAAGAAUUAUCCAUAUUACAGGACAGCAGACAAAGGCUGGCAGAAUUCCAUCCGACACAAUCUUUCACUUAACCGCUACUUCAUUAAGGUACCACGUUCCCAAGAGGAGCCAGGAAAAGGCUCAUUCUGGAGGAUAGACCCUGCUUCUGAAAGCAAACUAACAGAGCAGGCUUUCAGGAAAAGAAGGCCUAGGGGUGUGUGCUUCAGAACUCCCUUGGGACCCCUUUCCUCCAGAAGUGCACCAGCUUCUCCAAGUCACCCCGGUGUGUUUUCGUCUCACUCCAGUGGUGUUCAAACCCCAGAGAGCCUGUCCAGAGAAGGUUCUCCAGUCCCCACAGACCAUGAAUCUAGCACCUUGCAACCCAAGUUAGCAGUAAUACAAGAGGCAAGAUAUGCUCAAAGUGCACCAGGAUCACCUAUGUCAGGUCAGCCAGUUUUAAUCACAGUACAACGGCAAAUUUCACAGUCGAUGAAACCAGUUACAUACACGGUGGCCACCCCGGUUACUUCAACAUCCCAGCAGCCUAUGUUGCAAACAGUUCAUGUUGUUCAUCAGAUACCAGCUGUGUCUGUUACUAUGGCUAAUCUCACAGCAAACAGCUACACUGUAGCAAACCAGUCACUUGUGACACAGGCGAUGAUCAGUCAAGCCAAAAUGGAACGCCCAGAAAAUGGAGAACAAAAAGAAGUGAAAGUCAAAGUGGAGCCUAUUUCAGCAAUUACACCAGCCUCAAUAGGCACUGCCAGUCGCUUCAUUCAGACUUCGCAUGGUACACCAAUACAGACAGUUACUAUUCUACAACAGGCUCCACUGGGCCAGCACAAGUUACCCCUCAAAACAAUUGCACAGAAUGGAACGCAUGUCAUACCCAUCUCCUCGAUAACACAUGGACAAGUUAAUACGGCUGCUGCAAGCCCAUUGCAUAUGUUGGCAACCCAUGCUUCUGCGUCAGCAUCCCUUCCCACAAAGCGUCAAAAUGGAGACCAAGGAGAGCAGCCAGAGAUUAAACGUAUCAAAACAGAAGAUGGAGAAAGCAUACUUGUUGCUGUCAAAGUGGAAGCCCCAACUAUGGCUGCAAAUGCACAGAGCAGCCAGAAUUAAAGACCAGGGGAUGGGAAUGCAGCUAACUUUUUAUCAAUUGCAAGGUGCCAAAAGGACAAGCCUAACUCAAUAUCCAGAACUCCAGCAUGUGUUGACUCGUUGGGGGUUAUAGGGCCCUGUAGGAGCGACUGUGAACUGCAGCACUGAGAAAUGGGAAGCCUUAAAACACAAGUUAAAGAAACUGAACAAAUGUAAAACAUGACACCCCUCAAGAGAGGCUGUUCCUCCUGCUCAUCUACCUCAGUGCUCACUGGGAAAGGGAGAGAUGGAGAGGACCUCAGCUAGCCACACACACCAGUGUGACGGCAGCAUGGCGAGUGCUUUAAACAACACCAAUUACACAAGAUUGUAUGUUACAUAAAGGGAACAAAGGUGUGGACCCAUUUCCUACAUCUGGCAGCUAGCCUUUAAUGACCUACCUAAUGCAGUUGUUAGUAAAUAUGCAGUAUUUUGUUCAUAUGUGGAAUUAGGAUAUUUUUGGGUGUUUUUCAUUCUGUAGAUGAAAAUGGGGUUCCUAUCAUUUCAGAUCACUCCAUUUUAUAUUUCAGAAGCUUUGAAACUGCAACUGUUUUCGUACGUAAAUUUAUGUUCAGUGAAAUUGAAUGUAGUUAUGUUUUUUUAAAUAACCAUGAGUGGUUAAAAGUUUACUUCAGUUUUUAUUUGAAUCCAGAUAAAGCUAAUUUACACCUGCAAAUUUUCAUAUUUUAACAGAAUCCUGAUGAAUUUAAUCAAUUUUUAUUAAUAUUUAGUGAGCAAAUGCUUCGGGUUUGCAUGUGUUGGGCAAGAAGACAAUGUAACUGAGCCGUUGCCAGACCUAAAUGAACAGCUGUUAAUUUGACCAGUGCUGCACUUAACUACUGCUUAUUUGCUUUAUUCGCUUAUUUGUUACUUUGUGUUGACGUUGACUAUUCCUGGCUUGGUUUUGCAGGCUAUAUUUCAAACUAAAAGAAGAAAAACACAUUGCUGCAUAUUGUUUAUUUAAAAGAAUGGGAGAAAACUUGCAUAUCUGUUCUGGGCUAUUGGAACCUAGUAACUGUUACUAAAAGUCAAACUGAAGAAUAAAAACAUUUAAAUAUGA